AGCGCCGGUGUCACGUGGGGUGGUCAAGGCGUUGCCUGGCAACGGCGACGCGUCCCCGGUCAGGCCCGACCGGGACGGGCCCCACGGGGGUCCCGGGACCUCCGGGGUGUUCCUUUAACAGUCAGAGCUCUUCAUCCCUCUGUCCCUGGGGCUCGGCUCCAUUUUGGGGCUCCUGCUGCAUUUUUGGGAUCUCCCUUAAGCCCCCAGGCCCUCUCAGGGUACUCCCUCCCCAGGCUCCCCGCUCACAUUUGGGGUUUCCCAAGGUUUCCAUUUUCUCUUUGGCACCUUCUCUAAUCCCUCCUGGUGCUCCCUGAAUUUUCCACUCCCUUCUGUGACCAUCUCUCCCUCCCUGACAACUUCAUUCCCUUUCAGGUUCCCACUCUCCUUUUGGGACCCUCUCUUUCUCCCUGAAGUUCCUGCUGUCUUUUGGGGCUCUCCCUCCACCCCUGAGGCCCCUGUUCCCUUGAAGGGUUCCCCAAGGACCCCACUCCCUCUCAGAGCUCUCCAUCCCUGAGGCUUACAAAUCUUUCAGGGGCUCUCUUUUGGGACCCUCCCUCCCCAAGCCUCCCACUCCUUUUUGGGUCUCUGUGUCCCUCCCCAGCCUCCCCAUUCGUUCCCAAGUGCCCCCCAGCAUGGAGAUCAGGUUUGAGUACACUCGGAAGCGCAGUGACUUCGGGCGGCCCUGCAACUUCUCGGACCUGCCGGCCGAGGUGACCGUGGACAUCCCGCCGGACCCCAGCCUGGCCCAGGACUUCAUCCCCCAGGACCCCGUGGACUUUGCCCUGCAGCACGGGCCCAUCAUGGCCCUGCACGAGGUGAACACGGAGCGGGUGCAGGUGACAUCCCAGGGCGUCAACCACGUGGAGGGCGGGUGGCCCAAGCACGUCGACCCCCGGAACACGGAAAUGACCUCCCGCUACAGGGAGGAGGUGGAGAGGGAGGAGAUCUACACCAGAGCCAUCCUGCGCCUUGGCACCCUGAUGGAGCACUUCAUCAGGCAGAACAAUUCCAUCGACAUCUACGAGGAAUAUUUUGCGGAGGACGAGGAGGAAGAGCGGGACGAGGAGCCUCCCUCUGCCAAAACCAUCAAUGUCCUCAGGGACCCAAACCCGGUCAAGAGGACGGCCACGCACCUCUCCUGGCACCCUGACGCCUGCAAGGAGCUGGCCGUGGCUUACUGCAGCCUGGAGUUCCAGGACAGGAGGAGAGACAUCAGCUUUGAUUCCUACAUCUGGGAUAUGGAAAACCCCUACAAGCCGGAGCUCACCCUCAUGCUCUCGUCCCCUGUGGUGACCCUGGAAUACAACCCCAAAGACUGGCACCACCUGCUGGGAGGCUGCUACAACGGGCAGACAGUGUACUGGGACACCAGGAAAGGGGGGCUGCCCAUGGAGAUGACCCCUGUGGAGCUCAGCCACAGGGACCCCGUGUAUGGAGCCAUCUGGCUGCCCUCCAGAACGGGCACCGAGUGCUUCUCAGCCUCCACAGACGGGCAGGUCCUGUGGUGGGACAUCCGCAAGCUGUCCCAGCCCAGCGAGAGGCUGGUCUUGGACAUCACCCGGGAAGACCAGCUGAAGAACGCCCUGGGUGCCAUCUCCCUGGACUUUUCCAUGUCCAUGCCCACCAAGUUCCUGGUGGGCACAGAGCAGGGCAGUAUCAUCAACUGCAACCGCGACGCCAAGACCCCACCUGAGAAAAUCGCCAACGUCUUCAGUGGCCACAUCGGGGCUGUUUAUGCCGUGGCCAGGAGCCCCUUCUACCCCAAAGUCUUCCUGUCGGUCGGUGACUGGACCGCUCGCAUCUGGUCGGAGGAGAACCUGGACUCGUCAUCAAUUAUGGAGACCAAGUGCCACAUUCCCUACCUGCUGGACGGGUGCUGGAGCCCCGUGAAGCCGGCCGUGUUCUUCACCGCCAAGUCAGACGGGACCCUGGACGUCUGGGACUUCCUCUUCCACCAGAAGGACCCUUCCCUCAGCCUCAAGGUGAGCAACGAUCCCCUCCUCAGCCUGCGCCCACAGGACAACGGGCGCAUCAUCGGCUGUGGCACCAAGCUGGGCACCGUCACCCUCCUGGAGAUCUCCCUGGGGCUCUGCACCCUCCGGAAGAACGAGAAGUCCGUGACCUCCACGAUGUUCGAGCGGGAGGCGCGGCGGGAGAAGGUCCUGCAGGACAAGCAGCGGGAGCUGCAGGUGCGGGCACAGCUCCUGGCCAAGGCCAAGAAGGAAGAGCAGGAGGAUCCCCAGGAGGUGUUCAAGCAGGCCCGUGCAGAUUUCUUCAGUGUCAUCAAGGCUGAGCGGCAGAGGAGGGGAGACACAGAGUCCCUGUUUGGAGAGGGUCAAGAAGAGGAGGAGGCUGCGUAGGAAUAGGAAAAGGAGGAGGAGGAGAAGGGGGAGGAUGCCGAGGUCAGUGCACUCCAGCUUCGCCUUCCUUUCCCCUCUGUGCCAGAGCUGCUGCUCCAUGGCUCCUGCAGGGAUGAGGCUGCUGGCCCUGAGCUGGGCAGCACUUGUGGGCUCUGUGCCCCCGUGGCUCUGUGCCCCCAUGGGCUGGGCCCUGCACAGCCCCCUGGCCCCACGGCUGCUCCCUGGCCCUUGGCAUCCUGAUUUUCUUUGUGGUGAAUAAACCACUGCUU